AACGCCAUGUCGUAAGACUGUACGUCGAGUUUAUAACAGAGCACGACGAAAUGAGUUAGUCGCCGAGUAACUGCGAGCCAUCGAACACCUUUGUCGUUGAAUUUCCGUUUCUAUUUUAUUAGUUUCCCUCUCGUUUUUGACAGAAGGUGCAGAUAUAACAGGCGCACGAAGUAACAGCGAUGCGAAGGACGUUUGGAAUAAAAAGUAUUUUGAGGAUAGGUGUUAUAGUUAUCGUAUGUCGUUUCGAUCCAUCGAUCGGUUUACCCACGGAACAACCAACGAGAUUUACACUAAACACCGGCGACGGCGACGUGAGUUCGACUGCCGCCACUACGUUGGCCACGUCGAGAUUGGACCAAGGACGAGAGUUGUUAGGCCGCGUCGCGGACGCGAUAAGAAUCGUCACAGGAAGAUUGGUCAAUUCUGUCACACUGGCCAGAAACAUCAUAAUCGAUCGGGCGGAGACGCUGGUCAGCGAUUCACAGAACAAUGUAGAUACCGUGAUCGCGGAGAAGACAGAAGAUCCGAAUAAAACCCAGAGGUCCUUGGAAACUAUCCAGAACAUGCCAGUGACGAAUACUCGGACAGACACGCGUGAAAUUGUACGAUUGGAGACGGAGAGGGCUCAAGGCUUUCUCGAAAGGCCAGUUUACAAGCCUAUAACGGGAAUUUUAGAGAGUUUAUUCAGACCUACGCCGCUCGUCGAUGGUAUCAAGGAGCAGGAAAAGUAUGGAAACUCUGGGGACAAGUUCAUCGGAAUUGGUAGAGCCCUCGUCAACAGUUUCGAAGGUUUCAGCAACUUUCUCAACGCUGUGGUUGACUUGCCACGCAACGCUGCUAAAACGACGUCCCGUGGAAUAACGGAAGCGCUGAAUCAUGUGGGAGCUCGUCUCAUCGGACUCGAAUGACAAUCAUGUUAAUAAGCUAAUAUAAGAAAUUUUUUGUUUGCACCUUGUUUGAUGACUUUUUGUUACUUUAAUAAAACUAUUUGUUUCUCAUUUAAAGUCUAAAGUUCAGGCCCUAAUAUGACAGUUGUGGAAGCACAUCAGAGAUUCGUGGUUAUCGCAUAAAUAUAUUAUUUAUUAUUCGAAUAAUACACGUACAAGCUUUAACUCACUUAUAAAUGGAACUUUGACAAUUUUUCGUAGGUUUUCGAUGAGUCGCGACGUAACCAUACAAUUUGCUUUCACCGUUCGCAUCCUCUGUCGCAAAUAGAAAUCCGUUAACUCUCGAAAGAAAACAAUUAUAUUACAUCUGUUUCCUGUUAUAUUUAUAUUAAGGGAGAUGCGAAGUUUGAGUUACACAGCUCCAUCGAACUGCGUUCGAAAUCACGCUUCUUCGAAUAAUUAGUAGGUGUCAGGUAUGUGCAGCUAGAUUACCAACUAUACGACCGUGUGUAUAAUAAAAUAAAUAUACGAUGAAAACAUUCGAACGAUGCUCCUAGGGAUUUAAAGCUAAACGAAAGAAAUGUCGACGAUUACGGUUCCCUAUUACCCCGGGAGCGUCGAUUCGAGCUUAAACGGUAACGAGUAAAAAUACUUGUGCUUGCGUUUGCGCAACCAGGCGCGUUAAUCGCGUGACAAAGCAGAAAUUAAUGGACAAGUUGCACGUGAAACGAUCGCCGAAAACCUGGUUGUAGAAAAAGCAAUUUUGGUAUACGCAGUGUGCGAUAACGUUUACGCUGUAAAUAAACAAACUCGCAUGCAGGAUAACAUAAAAGUUCGUACCCUAUAAUACGAAACAAUUAUCUCGAAUCGAUGUACUCUCGUGUUUAUUAGUUAGUCCAUGCAAGAAAAUAAAACGAAAUGUUUUCGAUCCGUAGGGUUGGAUCGUGUUUGAAUAUUAGUUUUUCUACAUGAUACGCAAUGAUACGUACGAAAAAUUAAUGAAAUUAUUCUUUCGUGAAAAAUGACCGUUCGAUUAAUUUCUCGUGUAUCGUUAAAUACCUCUAACAUAGCUUGGAUAAUAUUCCAACGAAAUCCAAACCAAAGGAUGAAAAACUAUUCGUUUUAUUAAUUUUUAUAAUAUAAUCGACACACUAAAAUUGUCUGAAAUAUUACUAAUCUAAUGGCUUUGAUCAUCGAGAUUGUUUCUGUGACGCCAGUCACUUCCGCUUCAUUUCUGGACAAUAAGCACGUUCAUCGAGACGUCGUUACAGCUGUGAUUCCAAGUCUGUGCGAUUC